AUGACAAAAGUAUGCGAUUCCAAGUCUUCUGAGGCUUUGGAACCUUUAGCGACAGUGGAAAAUGGAAAAACCGAUGGACCUCAAAAAAUUGGAUGUCACAAACUCCAAUGCUUGUUGACAUGUUUAUCCACCUGGCCGAUCUACGCUCUUAUUUUCUGGGUGUCGUCAAUUGAAAAAUGUUUUGCAAGUCAUGAUCCAAUCACAACCUCAAUCUUGGUUGGAAUGUUCGCUACUCUCGAGGCGCUCCAUCUCAUGAUAUUCGCCCCACCCAAAACAUAUGGACAGAGUUAUAUCCAAUUGGAGAUGGUUGAUUUUGAUGAGCUGGAGAAGGAGAAAAUGAGAAUCGGAGUGAUGAGAAUAAACCAGAGAAUUCACGGUUUCUCUACUUUAUGCACAAUUUGGAGUGUAGCAAUAGCCGGAAUCUAUACUGCCCGUAAUCAACUUUCAUACGUUCACUAUCAUAUCGUCGCUUCCAUUUUUAUUUUGUUGGGAUUCCUGGCUACAUGCGGGGUCUACAAGGCGUUUAGUGUCGGAAGAUGGAUGAGCAGAUACUCCACCUCCACCAUCAACUGCUCCAUUUUCUUCCAAACAAUCGGUUACAUUCUUCUUGUUCAAGGAUGUCUCCAGCGCAUCAGCUUCUCUUUGAUUCUCCUUGGAGCUUCUAUUGUUUUGGGAACAGUUGUGCAUCUUCGUUUCGCUUUUUACUUCAAAAACCCACCCCAGUACUUGAGUGUGGUUUCUAUCAAGUCUACAAGACCCUUUUUGAAAAACUGGUAUGGAUGGAUGCUUCUGGGAAACUGCGUUAUCUGGGUUGGACUCUUCCUCAUCGGACCACUGACUGGAAGUGCUGUAUCAUGCUCGACUACUACCGUAAUCCUCCUACUGGCAUUUUGUAUUGCAACACCACUGCUCAUGAUUUGGAAGAUCUUCUUCGCUUGCUUGAAAUCGAGAGCUAUGAAAGAUAAACUAGUCAAUGUGUAA